AUGAGCAAUCCCUUCGACAUCAAUGGCGGUGCCUGUGUCGCCAUGGUGGGCAAGGACUGCGUCGCCAUCGCCUGCGACCUCCGCUUGGGUAUGCAAGCCCUGACCAUCUCCAACAACUUCCCCAAGAUCUUCAACUACGCCCCAUCGACUUACCUCGGUCUGACCGGUCUCGCUACCGACGUGAGCACUGUCUCCGAUCUCUUCCGUUACAAGGUCAACAUGUACCGACUGCGCGAGGAGCGCCAUAUUGCACCUCAGACCCUGGCCAACUUGGUUAGCUCAUCGCUGUACGAGAAGCGCUUCGGCUCUUUCUUCGUCAGCCCUGUGCUAGCAGGUAUCAACCAGACCACCGGCAAGCCAUUCAUCUGUGGCUUCGACAGCAUUGGCUGUAUCGAUUUUGCGAAGGAUUUCAUUGUGGCAGGAACCGCCAGUGACCAACUGUUCGGUACCUGCGAGGGACUCUGGGAGCCAGAUCUUGGUCCCGAGGAUCUGUUCGAGACUAUCUCGCAAGCACUCCUAGCCGCCGUGGACCGAGACGCCCUCUCUGGUUGGGGUGCCCAGGUCUACAUUAUAGAGAAGGACAAGGUCACCCAGCGGUUACUAAAGGGACGACAAGAUUAA